UCUUGCGGUAAUCCACAUGCAGAAGGAGAAGGAACUUUGAUGCAAGGCGAGCCGAAAUUUGACAGGUCCAAUAAAUGCAUAAAGUGCAAAGUAGAAAAGGGAAACAUUGUCAUUCGUCAUGCCGUUUACUGCAAAAAUUGCUUCUUUCCGCUUGUUACGGCCAAGUUUCGGCGUUGUCUUGAUCCAUAUAUCAAUGAGAUACCUGAUGCACCAAGACGUAAAAUACUCAGGGCUCCCGGAAAUUUACUUGUUGGAUUUUCUGGCGGCCUAGGAUCUACUGUGCUACUGGAUAUUACGUCGCGCAUAUACUUCCCUUCGGGCGAUGGUUCAAGAGACGAUAAGAAGGGAAAAGCACAUCCAAGUAAAAAUCGAGUAUGGGACAAAGCAUAUGUGUGUUACGUCGAAGUCUGCAAUGCAUUUCCUGAAGGUCAGAUGAAGGACCGCACUGUCGAUAUUCAGAAGUUCUUCGAAAAUAACGAUCACUUCGAACUGCUUCCUGUUCGCUUAGAAGACGCGUUUGACUCUCGAUGGUGGAAUAAGGUGGGAGAAUGGCCAUCAUUAAGUACAAGAAAGGCAGACUUCAGCCGUGACGAACUACCCCUAUUCAUGGAAGCAUUGCAAUCCAAUGAGACUCGAGGGAAUCCCGUAUCCUUACUUCGUGCCUACCUAAGUUCGCUGCCCACACCAACGGCGGUCCAGUCUGCGAUUUCCUCCUUCAUUCGUCUCAUCCUUAUACACACCGCUAAUCAUCUGCAAUGUUCGCAUCUACUGCUUGGAACAUCCCUCACAUCAUUGUCUGUCUCGCUUAUCACUGCAGUCGCACAAGGUAGCGGAUCUCAAAUAUGCGAAGAGUUCUUUGAGGAGUGGCGGAGUCCCCCGGACAUGCACGAGCCGGAUGAUCGACGGAACAAGUCUGUCAAAGUUGUGAGACCGCUGCGUGAUAUUGGUAUGAAGGAAUGUGCAGCUUGGUCGUAUUGGAAAAAUCUAUCAGUUGUCGAAAGGGAGAAACUUCCUGGAUUUUCAUCGGUGCGGACCAUAGGGUCCUUAACAAAAAAAUUUAUUGUAGGACUCGAGAAGGAUUACCCGUCUACUGUUUCAACUAUUGUGCGGACCUGCGCUAAACUCACGCCGAAAGAAGAAGCGCAUGAAAUUUGCGUACUAUGUCAAAGACCAACGCCUCUCGGUGUUUUGGACUGGAAAACAAGGAUCUCCGUUCGAUCUCCACCUCCGGAAAACUGUUCUACAUCUCUAACAGCCGUCUCAGAGGAGUCGAGGACGCAGGUCCGAAAUCAGAAUGAUACACCAGUUCUCUCGAACCGCCUAUGCUAUGCAUGCCAUACACAUCUGACUAGCAAGCCAACGCGGUCCGUGGUGUCGGGCACAUCAGGAGUCAUCCUACCUCAGUGGACAAACGCACGUCUGUUAGCAUCAACGGCGUCUUCUGGGGGCAACGAUGAGGUUUGGUCAACAUCAGCAAUGAGUCGGGAGCAGAUGAAAUCCGUUGUUGGUGAUUUCGUUUUGGAGACGUAACAACAUCAAAACC